AUGGUUCAUGAUCAACGAAUCGCACCAGGAGAAAAGCUUGCUGUCUUGAAGAGCCGACUACGGGGAGAUCAAUUCGAAAUCGUGCAGGGCCUUGGCGGAGGAGAAUCUGCUUAUAAGGCCGCUUUAUUCCGACUGAAGCAGUCGGCUGGACGUCGCGACGUAAUGCGUAUAGCACUACUCGGUGAACUCGAUCGUAUGGAGCUGGGCAGAGAAAAUUCAUCAUUCCGUCGCUUUGCCGAAAGAGCUCGAACCAUCUUCUUUGAUUUAACCCGAAUUGGGGAGAAAUUUAAUGCCGACCUCAUCGAACGACUGAGCCAACGGCGCCAUCUGAAGGAAUUUGGAGAGUGGAUGUGCGAGAGAGCUGCAGCAUAUCAAAAUGCUUAUAGUCUGGAAGCAGAGCAAAUUUUGCCGUCUGGUGAGAACAAGUUUCCUCGUCGCCAACAAUUUCCAACAACAGGGCGCAACAAUCACGUUAGCUGGGAGCCCGGCACUACCGACAAACCGAAGAGUCGCUGCUAUUGCUGUGAGGGGGAGCACCGGUUGACGACUUGCCCAACAUUCAAAGAAAUGCCUACGAAAGAAAAGGUACGAUUUUGCGUCAAGCGCCGCUUAUGCAUGAAAUGUUUCGGGACGAGACACUCCGGAGCCGAUUGCAAAUUCGAAAAAGGUUGUGGAUUCAGCGGAUGCCCUUAUAUUCAUCACCCAUUGCUUCAUGAUGCCGAAGAGAAGCACGACAAAGGUAGCAGCCAUCACACAUCACUUUCAGCCCAGGUGGAUCGCGUCAAGGUGGCGCUAGGUGUUAUCCGGAUAAAAGCUUACACAGCCGAAGGCCAGCUCAUCCCAGUAUCGGUGCUGAUAGACGAGGGCAGUGACACGACGUUGUUUCGAGAGGACUUUCUUCAACGGCUUAAGAUCAUCGGGAAAGGUACUACCCUAGAUCUCGUAGGAGUUACCGGCGCAGAAAGCUACAAGUCGCAGAAGGCCCCGGUUCGAUUUCUUUUACCGGACGGAGAGGAAGGUCUCUUCAAAGGAACUACGAUCCCGCAGAUAUCUAGGCCGACUCCGGUAAUCGACUGGAGAAAAUUGAAAAACCGAUGGCCACAUUUAGCCAACGUCCCAGUGCAAGAGAGUGGCGGGAAAAUCGACGUCUUGGUGGGACUCGAUCACUCAAACCUACUUGCAGUAUUGGAAUCGCGCGUUGGAGGCGAACACGAACCUUUCGCAUCUCGCACUAGACUCGGUUGGGUCGUCCGCGGCCUGCUUGGGAGUGAUAUCGGUCCGAUGACAACGGCCCACAUCCAUCAUAUCUCAGCGACUUCCGAGUUCUCGCUCGAUGAAGAGUUCCAGAAAUUUUGUGCAACCGAAAAUUUCGGUACUGAAUUUAAAGGAGAUGGCCUCUCAGAAUCAGACAGAAUCGCCGAAAAGAUCGUUGAUGAAGGCCUGAAGAAACUCGACAUUGGGUAUGAAACCCCACUCACGUGGCUCGAAGGAGAGCCGACAUUUGAAAAUAACAGAGAGCUGGCGGAGCAUCGUUGGCGAGACCUGAAGGAACGAUUCAAGAGAGAUCCAGAUUUCGAGGCUGAUUACAGAGCCGCGAUCAAGAAAUACGUCGACGAAGGCUAUGCAUCGCGAGUGAAAGAGGAGGAUUUAUACUCGAACAACCAGUACUACUUGCCACAUCACGGUGUCUACAAGAAAGUGUAUGGUAAGAAGAAGAAGAAGCUUCGAUUCGUCUUCGAUGCCGCUGCCAAAUGGAAGAAGAAAUGCCUCAACGACGGAAUGCGACAGGGUCGAAAAUUGCAGAACGACUUAGCCAAGGUCCUCAUUCUAUUCCAGCUGGGGGAGAUUGCCUUUGCAGCAGACGUGACCGCCAUGUACAGCAGGAUUCGACUUCGACCACAAGAUGCCCGCUUUCAUCGUUUUCUCUGGCAAGAGAAAGAUUCUGACGUCAUCAUUACAGCCGCUUCAGAUGCCACUAGAGGGAGAGAGGUAUGUAUGGAAGCAAUUGAGAAGAAUAUGUACAUGGAUGACCUAUUGAAAGCAGUCGACAAUGAAGAAGAAGCAAUUAUGAAAGCGAAACUCAUCAGCGAUGGACUAGCAGAAGGAGAUUUUCAUCUAGCAAUUGGAUCUCGAACUCUCCGGGAUUCUUCAAAGCGUUGCAACCAGAGCAGGCAGCAGCAGCAGCAAACCAUGAUUUAG